GGGCGUUUUUUUAAAAAAUAAAUAAUUGAAAUGUAACAAAAUGUUAGCGUCAAAUGAAUAUAAACGCUAUCAUACAUUAACAGAAAUGGAAACGCUGACGACACUGUGUUUACAUCAUAGGAACCAUUUAGCUCUGAACAGUUAUGGCGAUCUGUUUCGUGGUAGGAGAAAUACACACAUAAAUCGUUAAACUUGAAAUGUAGCUUGGCUGAAAAUGGAUGCAGGCGUAUACUAAUGCCAGCUUUAAGCUGAUCGUUCCGUGCUCUUCAAACCGUGACAGUAAGGCCUGCUAACCAUUAGCCGAGGACCUAUUUCCCAUGAUCAUGGACAGGGAGGCGUACCGCAACUCCUGCAGCUUGGUCAAAAUACCAAGUCAGUCCUAUGAGCAGUUUUGGUCUUCGCAUUUUGUUGACUACAUCGACAAGGACCUGAGCUAUUCGAAAUUCUUCAAGAAAUACUUGCUACCUAAUCACCCGUGCAUGUUUUCAAGAAGGUUCACCGAGGAGUGGAAGUGCAGAAAACAAUGGGUGACAGAGGAGGGCAAACCUAAUUUUCAAAAGCUGCUGCAAGACUUUGAUGAGACUCCCGUCCCUGUUGCAAACUGCAAUGCAAAGGAAUACAAUGCCAACCCUAAACAAGUAAUGCCAUUUAAAGAAUUUAUACAUUACUGGAAGGAAUACAUCCAGAAUGGACACUCAUCACCUAAAGGAUGCCUCUAUCUCAAAGACUGGCAUAUGUCAAGGGACUUUCCAGAACAUAAUGUUUACAUCACACCAGUGUUUUUUACUUCUGACUGGCUUAAUGAAUAUUGGGAUGCACUUGAAGUGGACGACUACCGGUUCGUCUACAUGGGACCCAAAGGCUCUUGGACACCGUUCCAUGCGGAUGUGUUCCGCUCCUACAGCUGGUCUGCAAACAUCUGCGGCAGGAAGAAGUGGCUGCUUUAUCCUCCGGGUCAGGAGGACUUUUUACGAGACACUCACGGCAACCUCCCUUAUGAUGUAACAUCAGCUGAACUCCAAGAUAGAAGCCUUUUCCCACAGUUUGAAGAAGCAUGCCAACCCCUUGAAAUUAUUCAAGAGGCAGGGGAAAUAAUUUUUGUGCCAAGCGGCUGGCACCACCAAGUUUAUAACCUGGAGGACACCAUUUCUAUUAAUCACAAUUGGCUGAAUGGAUGCAACAUUGACAUCAUGUGGCAAUUCCUACAGAAUGAGCUGUCGUCUGUUCAAAAAGAGAUAGACGAAUGGAAAAACACAAUGGAUUCGUGGCAUCAGCACUGUCAGGUCAUCAUGAAAGCAUGCUCUGGAAUUGAUUACGGGGAAUUCGCCUCGUUCAUGAAAAUCGUCGCUGAAAAUCGGAUGGCUUUUUUGAACGCUUGUUUUUCCGGCGAGUCCUCCGAUUACUCCCGGCACCUCUCCGAAACCCUGACCACGCUCGGACCUUACCACGCGGCCUUCGACCUCGAAAGAGUGGCGCACGUUAUCGAAUGCCUGCUUUGCAACGAAGACUUCAAGCGGCUUGAUCAUUCGACGUCGUCUUUGCAGCCAGAAACCUUGUUGCUGCAAAUCAGGGACGCCAUACAGUCCACAAGAGGGCAGCACCUCCUUUAUCAGGAAUAACGUGUCCAAACUCUCUGCAGUGUUUACCUGGGAAAAGCUUGAAUGAGAAGUGACAAUAAGAUUACGAUAGAAGCUUGAGAUUUCUUUUUUUGCACUUAAAUCCUGCUUUUGAAUGUCUGGUGUUUGUUUUUGCAGUGCAAACAAUAAAUGCUUAAAUCAAAUUAUAAA